AUGGACCAGGCCUGGGACAGAGCCCAUAGGCCUUGGCCAAGCAUAGCCAGUGUCCGAGUGCGGGCGCUGAGCUGGCAGAGCCAGCACAAGCCCCGCUCCCAGAGCAAGGCCCCGGGCAGCCGAGGGGGCAGCCACAGCGGGUGGCUGCCAGAGGAGCACCUGUCACCUGCCCGACUGCAGGCCCUGGCCCAGGUGGAUGACCUCCGACUGGUGAGCGUGCUGGAGUUGUGUGUCAACACCCACAAAAACAGCCUGGGGAACUUUGGGCUGCACCUGCCCAACCUCAGCCAGCUGAAGUUGAACGGUAGCUGCCUGGGCUCCCUGAGGGACCUGGGCACCUCCCUGGGCCACCUGCAGGUGCUGUGGCUGGCUCGCUGCGGCCUGGCUGACCUGGAUGGCAUCGGCUCCUUCCCGGCCCUGAAGGUGGGUCUGCGGCGCUCUGGGGGGUGCGGAGGCGUGGGGGCCCUGACUGAGCCCCCUCAUGCCCCCCAGGAACUCUACCUUUCCUACAACGACGUCUCGGACCUGAGCCCGCUGUGCCUGCUUGAGCAGCUGGAGGUGCUGGACCUGGAGGGCAACUGUGUGGAGGACCCGGGGCAGCUGCGCUACCUGCAGCUGUGCCCGCGGCUGGCCACGCUCACCCUGGACGGCAACCCGCUAUGCCUGCGGCCCGGCCCCGGCCCCAUCCACCAGGUGCCCCAGGGCUACAACUACCGGGCAGAGGUCAGGAAGCUCAUCCCCCAGCUGCAGGUCUUGGAUGAGUUGCCGGCCACACACACAUGCCUGCCGACCUCCCGGAAGCUGGACCACGACUGGCUCAUGGUGAAGGAGGCCAUCAAGGAGGGCAGCGUCCUGGACAGCCUGCUCCCCGGGCUGGGUUCUCCCCACAGAUCCCCCGUUUGGAGACGCAGCCCCGAGCUAUGCUCACCUGAGACCCAGCGCAGGGCCCCCAGGCCCUGGCCCCACUCCCUGCUGGUCCCCGGGGGCCCCCUGCCUGCAGGCCUUCUUCCCCAGGGCCCAGCCCCAGAGGACGACGCCAGCAGCCUCACCCACGGUGCCAGCAGGGUCCUCUGUGGAAACCCCGCCAAAGGCCUGCAGGAGCGCCGGCACCAGUGCCAGGCUGGGGCACACCCAGAGAGGCUGCCGCCUCCCGGGCCCGAAGACCUGGCUGCCCGGGCCUCCACCCCAGGGCCUGACCCUGCAGACAGCUGCCACCUCCUGGCCUCGGCCGGGCUUCCAGCCUUGAGGGAGCUACGCCUGCGUCCCCUCCCCAGUAGGUGCCUGGAGUCCCGGGAGGAGGGGGCCGCCGCCCCCAGGGGCCCACAGAAGGGCCCUGAAGAAGAGCAGCACAAGGCUGGGCCCAAGACUCGCCCCAGCCCCCUGAGCCUGGCCCCAGAGCCUUCCAGGACACUGGGCUACAACCUGACCCCCUCUCCUCCCAAGUCCCUCAUGCCAUCUGACAGGGGCAGCAGCUCCUGGGGGUCCACAGAUCUGCAGUUCCGGGGGCGUCGCCUCACAGCCCUGGGUAGUCUGGGGCCUAGCCUGGGUCAGGGGUUGGCUGCAAUGACUGCUCUGAGAGCCCUAGAGGUGGCCUCAGGCCCCAGCCCUCAAGCCGAAGGCUGUCCAGGCCCAAAGCCAGCACCAGAUCCAGCAGCCAGACCCCCAGCCUCUGGUGCAUGCCGCACCUGA